AUGAAUCAGCUGUCUCUGCACACUUCCAGCCUACAAGUGGAUGCUGGGGAGGCACAGAAGUACCCACCAGUCAUGGCUCGCUGCAGGUUUAAGAGCAGUGAGGGACAGGCUGCUCCGGGGUACCUCGUCUCCUCACGCGCGACACGGCACCGCCCCGGGCCCCGCCCGGGGGUCGCUCUCCCGCGCCUCAGGGACUCCUCGGACAAGGCUGUGGCGGCGCCGCUUGCCUUGCUUCUCGCCUCGACGUCGGAGCCGCGGCUUUGCCUCUCUUGGCCUCGGUCCCAGCCCCGACCUCGGCCCCGGUCCCCUCGAGUCACCCCCGGCCGCCGCAGAGCCCAGCCCGGCCCGGCCGAGCGGCGUCCCCGUCACUAUGGCGACCCGUGCACCGCCUUCCGCCCGCCUCAGCCGCCCCCGCUUCUGAUUGAACUACGACUCCCAGGAGGCUCCGCGGCGGAGCCACCGCCUGUUUACCGGCCGUGCCGGUGCCGCUCCCCGCGUGCAGCCGCGCCACGUGACCGGCCGGGGGUCACGGCCGCCCGCCAGGAGCGGCCCCGUCACGUCCGUUCCGUCCCGGGCGCUCCCGCUCCUCCGGCGGCAAUGAGGGCGCUGCCCCCGCGCUGGGUGGCCCUGGCUGUGCGAGCGGCGGGCGGGUGGUGGGCACCGCCCGUGCCCCGCCGCGGUCGCAGCGGCCCCGGUCCGCCCCCGCCGCGGGAGUGGGCGCUGUCGGUGAGCCCGCGGGGGCGGCUGCGGGUGCGGGUACCGUGCCAGGUGAGCAUCCGCCCGCUGGACCCGCAGCGCUGCCCGGGCGCGGACCGGCUGCUGGUGGCCGUGAGCGGCGGCAGCCCCGGGCGGGAGCGGGACCCGGUGCGGGUGGAGCACGACGAGGCGCUGGGGCAGGUGGCGAUCGUGGCCGACGGCGUGGACAGCAAGACCGCCGUGGACGUCCGGACACCGGUGAAGUUCGAUUUGGAUAUCAAAACGUCAGGGACUGGCUGUGUGAAGAUUCAGAAAAUAGAAUGUGAUAACUGCAAAAUCGAAACAGAGAAGGGGACUAGUGUCUUGCAGUCAAUAAAGAGCCAUAAAAUUGAUAUACGAACAAAUGGUGGCAAGGUAAUUGGUCUUGGAACACUUUAUGGAAAUACAGAUAUUUGUGCAACAGAAAAGGGGAGUGUAAAUAUAGAGAAGCUGCAAGGGACAACCAUCAAUAUAUCUACUGAAGAUGGGCUGCUGAAAACUAAGUAUCUCUAUGCAGAAUCAGCAUCUCUCUCUUCAGAAUCUGGUGAUAUUAUGUUGGGAAGUGUUCAUGGUAAUACCAACCUACAGACCAAAGCAGGGAGUAUCACAGUCGAUUCAUCAGAUGGAAGUCUAAAAGCUUCUACGUAUCAUGGGACAAUAGAUGUUUAUGUCAGUCAAUUAAGAAAAGUGGAUCUGAAAUCCCAGAAAGGUUCAAUUACAGUCAAGGUACCUGCAUCUCUCAAAGCCUAUUUAGAGCUUUCUGGAAGAAAAGUGGAUGUGAGCUCAGAGAUCAAGUUAAAAGAAACACAGAGUGCCUCUGAAGAUGAUCAUGUGACUCUAAGUGGUCACAUGAAUCAAAGGGAUGAAACAGACAAAUGGAUUAAGGCUGACACACAAAAUGGCAAAGUGUAUCUUAAAAGCCAAAGCUGGAUCCAGUCUGUCAAGCUGAAAAGUUCUUAAAGGUGAAAGAAGCCAAAGAGAUUAAAUCAAGAAACUACAAAGGAACAUUUCUGUAAAAUUAUGAAACUUUUUGGAUGAUUAUUCUUAAUAUAAAAGAGAAACUAUUAAAAAUGAGAGCAUUUUAACCCAA